CUGGCAAUGUCGGGAAGUGACAGCCCAACAUUCUUUCACGGCCAGCCCUGGUCCAGCUGGAUCGAAAGAAUCGGACGAGACAAGCCGUUGAGCGAUGAAGAAUCAGAUGUUCAGCUUUCUAGCUCAGUUACAAGGCUUUCGGCUGAAGACAUUGAUUUAUAUGGAUUCUGUCCUGAAAGAGAUACUUUUUACACGGUAGUGUGUGAAACCUGCCAUGCAAUAGUCAAACCACAAGCUCUCAUUCAACAUAUGGAAAGUCGCCAUCCUUCCGGCACGGUCAAUUUUCCACCUCCCUCCACCCCGAUUGUAAAAACUCCUCUGAAGACACCGUCGCCGCAGAUCUCAAAUAGCGGGAGCAAUAAGAACAAUCACACGAACGUGAAACGGAACACGAAGCAGCCGAACAUCUCAACGAGCUUGUCGUCAUCAUCGAUAUCCAUCUCGCCGUCACCUCGAUCGCCUCUCGAGUCAUUACCAUCGACUGUGCCAACGUCGAACUCUGGGUCGGGGACUUUGAUCACCUCGAGCCCUGUGAAAAGUCCAGGCACGGCGACCGGUCAGCCUCGUCGAAAGAGACUCAAAACCGACCGAUCGUUGCUCAAAGACCGAGAGUACGACCCGGACCGACACUGUGGUGUGUGGAACGAGGAAACAGGCAAACCCUGCACCAGGUCGCUCACGUGCAAAGCGCACACGGUCUCGUUGCGGCGGACAGUCAUCGGUCGGAGUAAAACCUUCGACAAACUGCUCGCGGAGCAUCGUGCCUCGAAGGAGAUCCCGAACAGGCCGACGAAAGUAACUGUGACCGGUACAGUGACCGUAUCCUCUGGGACCUCGAACUUAAACCCCUUAACACCCACCACCCCCGUCCUGACCAUCGAAACGGAAACACCCAGUUCGCCACCUGUUCUAUCGCUGCCAGACACGUAUCCACUGCCAAAGGCUGUUGAUUUGCUUUAUCGGUGUCUGGCCCCGCAUGGCUCCACUAAACCUACCAAGCUCGAAGAGGACUUCGCCAACGAGGAGCUGAGGAGCCUGGAGUCGUCGCUAGUGAACUCGACCGGUUCGUCGCAGUCGAGCUCGAUGAUGGCGCCGAUAUCGGUGGUGUUGCCGUCGCUGUCGCCGUUGCCGGCUAAUAACGAGGAAUCGAUGCCAUCGGUCGCCACGCUGAUACCGAGCACAGCAUCCCCAGCUAUACCGGUGCCAGCAACACUGCCAGCCACGUGCGUGCAACCGUCGUUGGUCACGACGGUCCUCGAGGCUGAAACACCGAUGGACAUCGAUCCGGAGGCAGCAAUGACCAUCUACUCCCCUGUUUACAAGGAUAAAUCCAAGUUGCUGGUCGAGCUACCACGUUCGAACAAUAUCGCCCACUCUCCUAUAUCGUCUAUGCCCAGCCUGCUCUUCGAGUCUAUGGAUCAGCUCGAACAAUUGGAACAGCAACACGCGACGCAGAUCAAUGGAAAGAGACUGAAUCACGCCGCGGCUCGCUCAAGUCCUGUUACGCAACGACAGCCGAAGAGGACCAAACACGACUACCAUCAACAGGAUCUGUCCACCACGGCGAUACAGGUUGAGGCUACGACCACGUCCUCGCCUUAUCCUCAUUUCGGGGAUGUAUCUUGGUCGAACUGUCACCCGGAGCCACUGGCUGUUAGUCGGUGGCUUCGUAUUUCGUCCAGCCGUAAGCAGUACAACUUUAAUAUUCACUGACAUAAGACCCCACCCACUCCAGGCUGAGGACCGUGCGCCACCGGCGUUUGUCUACCUCUUCUUUUUUUCGAGAUCCUUUUUUUCAUGGUUGUCCUCGUCGCCGUCGUUGAUGGUCUUGGUCUGAAGCCUGUCGAGAAGGGGGGCAUGUCUUGAUGUACGGUGAACUUCGAUGUGAUGAGCAUGCGCACGGUGGAAAAGAGAAAAA